AUGAAGUGCAGUGCGUGCGGAAAGUUUAUGGCGGCGGCAGAGGGCGUUACGUGUCCUAAAUGCGAUAGAAAAUCACACAGGGCCUGCGUUAAAGUUCCUGAAGGUGUGCAGGUCCAACCUACUUGGUUGUGUCCGGACUGUAAAAUACGGACGCCCCGAAAGUCAGAUCAGAAUACGCCUGUGCGAGGACUUAAUUCCGAGUAUAUUAUCAAGCAAGGCGAAGAGAAACCCCAAAGCCCUGUGGCGCAAGGUUUCAAAGAGUCGGAACUAGCUCUCGAACUACGUAGAUUUAGAGAAGAACUGCGAGAAACCAGGGAAGAAUUUAGAUCUUUCCGACAGGAGAUGUUUGAUUUGCAACAGCUAACCUUGUAUUUAGAUAGAAAAAAAAUUCUACCGGAAAUGCAGUCGGGAUUUCGUAAGAACCAUAGCACCACGACGGCCCUAGCUCAACUUAAUGACGAUGUACUAACUGCUCAAGAUGAAGGAAAAGGCACAAUACUAGUAUUACUAGAUUUUUCUCGUGCAUUUGACUGUAUAAAUGUUUCCCUUCUCUUAUCAAAGCUUCAUUACUAUGGAUUCAGUAGCAGCGCAGUACAAUGGUUCGAUAGUUAUUUUAAAAACCGACUACAAACUGUAGAACUGAGCGAUGACCGAGGAACAUUAAUACGUUCGCAAUCAAAAAAAAUCAAAGCCGGUGCGCCCCAGGGAUCGAACCUGGCUCCAAUAUUGUUUUCAGUUUACAGUGCCGACUUAGUAAAAAAACAUUAA